AUGACUAUCAUAUUGUUAAUCGUUGAUACGAGCGCUUCAAUGGCGCAAAAGACAUACUUGGGCACAUCAUAUCUGGAUGUUGCGCGUAACAUUAUUGACGCUUUGCAAAAGCAACGCAUGAAAGACGUAGCGACGCGGGGCUAUGAUCGGUUUUUUCUCAUAACCACUGAGGAGUACCCGAACUGCAUCAAGUCUGGAUGGCGCGAGAGCAGUGCCGUACUACACGAGCAGCUGAAGCGUCUACGCCCUCGCGGCCGUGGCUCGAUUUCUGACGCUUUUAUGAAUGCACUAAAAUUCAUCAAUGUGCAUCGUGCCCAAACUGGUUCGUAUGUUCGGUUCACUGUGUGUGCAAUGUGUAUGUGUGCGCUUUUUAUUUAUUGAUU